AGUUUGGAAUCUUCUACAACACAUUAACGUUGCUUCCGAUGGUAAGAAAACAUCUUGCUUCUGGACCAACAGGACUUCCAUAUUUUACGUUGUCCGUAGUGAGUCCCGUCAGGAGCAUAUAUGCUUGUAUACGCGAUAUAUCCAUGUGCAGGUUGAAAAGGAUGGGCCAGUAUCACUUGGCAGGAGCACCGCCAGAAGAUUAUUUUGAGAUGUAGCCCCUGAAGUGACAGAAGAUAGGAACCGGCGCUUGUUGCUGUGAGAUAAACACCAGCUGCCUUAAAGCGGUAUCUCAGCUGUCCACAUGAGCGAAACGCUUGCAAUGCCGCUGCUUACGAAUCGAUCGCCAUAGAUGAUAUACUCCCCAAACACCAGAAAGCUCGUCAUAGUUCGUCACAGCUGCUCUUUUCUCUUGCUGCUCUUAAUGGCUAGUGCCAUUCUUGAAUACUGCUUCUCGUCUCAUAAAUCAGAGGUAACGUACAGUGCGGACACUCCAAGCUUCAUUUCUCUGCUUGCGCAUAAGACGAUCUCAUGGGAAAACGGUGGACAGCUUGCUGUUAUCAGCAAAAAGAGAGGCAUUUCUGCCCGUGUUAUCCUGCAGUCACCCAACGCGAGAUACCUCUUCGGUUUCUUCAGCGAAUCGUCUGGCAUCUUCACUCUCUCGAUUUAUGACUUGUCUUAUCCUAUUGAAAAUGAGAGCGUCAUUCAAAGAGUGUGGUCCGCGAAGACCGAAGCAGGGACUCCUUGUAUGCUCAAGGAAAAUACGGUGCUGCAGUUUGAAGAGAAUGGGAACCUGGUUUUAUCCCACAGUGAUGCCAGCAAUGUAUGGGAAACACUCACCUCGAGCAUGGAGAUCUUGAGCAUGAAUCUCCUGGACACCGGUAACUUAGUUCUGUAUAACUCAGCACAGCAGCCAGUGUGGGAAAGUUUCAAGUUUCCCGUUGAUACGAUGCUCCCUGGACAGAUUCUUAGUCCCGGCAUGAAAUUGAUAAACGGGAUAUAUACGUUGAAAAUGGAAGUUGGCGGUCUGGUUCUGUAUUCUGGAAGUUCCGUCAAGUGGUUUUGGAGCUUCUACAACGUUGGUGAUCUCACGGACGUCUUAUACACCUGUAAGCGACCAACGUACGCAGAAUUUACCGAAAAAGGCCUUCAUCUCUCCCAAGAUGCUAACAUCGUUACCAGAACCAUUUCUGAGGAUCUUCUGAACUACUCUGUCAAAAGCAUAGAUCCCAUUGUCCUCUCAGAUGGCUAUAAAGCUGCCGGUCUGCGACUCAGUUGCUACGGGGCUGUGCACAUAGAUGUCCAGUGCCCGAAACCCGACAAGUGGAAAUCUCGGAAGCUACUUGGGAUGAAGUACCUUAUGUUUCUUGCCCAAAAGACCCGCGGUAAAAGGCCUAUUUCAACUUCUUCGUCGGAGGCUGGACGAACGUUGCUUUCCAUAUCUGAGCAGCCCGAGCAAGAACGCCUGGCUGAAAAGAAGGAGACAGCAUUACCACCAACACAGGCUGUUUCAACACAAAAACAAGAGCCAAAUCAGCGCAAGCGGAAAGCCGUGAUAUCAAUAACGGUGCUUCUUAGUGCUACAGCAUUGGCAUUGUGCGGUGGAAUCUGCAUUCAAAAAAAGCUGCGUAAGAAACCAACACCGGUCAAGACGGAAUCUUCAGCAUCAAUCAAAGACAUUGUACCACAAGCCGGUCCCGCGAAGUUCUCGUUCAAGCAAGUCCGCAAGAUCACAAACAACUUCAGUGUCAAGCUAGGAGACGGUGGCUUUGGGCUGGUGUACGAAGGAACACUCAAGGACGGGAGCAAAGUAGCCGUCAAGAUGCUGGAAAGAACGUCAACACAAGGUGAGAAAGAAUUCAAGGCAGAGGUGAGUGUGAUGGCAACGGUUCGUCACCUGAAUCUCAUCCGACUGAGAGGAUACUGCGCGCAAGGGCCGCGGAGAAUACUCAUCUAUGACUUCAUGCCAAACAGCUCCCUUGACAAGUGGCUGUUCAUAACACCUGGAAAGGAUUGCAUGCUUGACUGGUCACGGAGAUACAGCAUUGCGCUUGGCACGGCCCGAGGACUUGCUUACCUCCAUGAAGAAUGCAGCCAAAAAAUCAUCCACUUGGACGUGAAGCCCGAGAACAUUCUUCUCGACCAGAACUUCCUGCCAAAGGUCUCGGACUUUGGGCUAGCGAAGCUCAUGGAUCGAGAUAAGAGCCGGGUGGUCACAAACAUGAGAGGAACACCAGGGUAUCUAGCUCCAGAAUGGCUGCACGGAACAGCAGUCACGGCCAAGGCCGACGUCUACAGCUUUGGAAUGGUCCUCCUGGAGCUAAUCUGUGGCCGCGAAACGAUCGACCUCUCUAAGGGAUCAGAGCAGUGGUACUUACCGGCGUGGGCCGUGAGAAUGGUCGAGGAGGGGCGGCCGAUGGAGCUCAUCGACGAGCAGCUCCACGAGGAGGUGGAAUAUUUCUACGAGGAUCAAGCCAAGCGCUCGAUCCGUGUGGCGCUGUGCUGCAUCCAGGAAGAUCCGACGCAGCGGCCUACCAUGGGGCGCGUCGUCCAGAUGCUCGACGGCCUGGUGGAGCCGCGAGUGCCGCAGCUGAGCAAAUUGAACGUCCAGCCAUCCUGCGCCACGACGCGCGUCAAGGACAAGCUCGUCGCCUUCGCUGAAGCCCUAGCGGACGAGCGCGGCGCCUCCGAGCUCAUGGGCGGCCCUAGAAUCUCCGACAAGGAUAUUCCGUCGUGGGGCGUGAAAGGCGGGCUUGGCUCCAUCGUCGGCUCCGCGAGGACGGUGCUCAAGGCGCGCAAUGUGCCGUGCAUCCCACCAUGGCCGCUCAAGGGCGACAUCGUUAUCGUGCGCGGCAGCGGCACCGGCGAAUUCACCCACGCGGUCGUGCGUGAUGUGAAGAUCCGGACGCAGCAAGUGAAGCUGGCGGUGCUCCAGCGGGUGUCCAGCGGCGAUGUGGCGGCGGAGGAGGCGCUCGACUCCUCCAACAAGUGGGUUGUUCUUGACGAGGAGACGGUGUGGCGGCAGUGGAAUGUGCUCGUGAGGACGCUCGAGUUUUGGGUGCCCGUGAAUUGGUCCACGCUCCCUGGUUCCGGCCCACAAAAGUACCCGAUCGAAUGGAUCGCCAACUAGAUCGCAAGCUGCGAUCUCAGCUCCCAGAAUGUUGGAAAGAGAAGAUCGUCCGAUAUAAAGUAUCCUCUUCUAAGUUGCUAGUC